GGUGUUGUUGUCUCUUUACGGCCGAGGCCGGGGGCUCUCGCGAGAUCAGCGUUGGCGCCGUGACCUCCAUGUGAGAGCGGCGGCGCCUGGUAAACACUCCCCGGAGUCGGGAGAUGGCUCCCGGCGGCGCCCGUUAGACCGGGCUGCGGCGGUUCCCGCCAGACUCCGCCUCGCCUUGUGCCGCCUCGGGGGGCGUGCAGCGCGGGCCAUCGGGAAGCGGCGGGGACCGGCUCGGGUCUCCUUCCCCCUCCGCACCCCUCCGAGCGAGGACGGCGGCCCGGCGGGCGGGGAGGCUCGUGUCUGUUCCGCGGCAUUUGAAAAUCCUGCCCCACCGAGCCAGACAAAGAGCGGGGGAAGCGCCCGGCCCCCUCUUCUUCUCCCUCGCACGCCGCAGAGGCGCUCCCGGGGAGCGGAGCCCUUUGCCACCCGUGCCCCAGGCUUCCCUCCCUUCCCCGCGGCCGGCCGAGCGAGUGGCAGGGAGCGCACCAUGUGGAUCCAGGUCCGCACUAUAGACGGCACCGAGACCCAGACCAUCGACGACCUGAGCCGCCUUACCAAGAUCGAGUGCCUGCGGGAGAAGAUCCAGGAGACCUUCCGCGUGAGCCCCGACCGCCAGCGCCUCUUCUACCGGGGCAAGCAGCUAGAAGAUGGACACACUUUAUUUGACUACAAUGUUGGACUAAAUGACAUAGUUCAGCUUUUGAUACGAUCUGAAUCUGAAGCUCCUACCACUGCUUCUGUGACAGAUCAGGAUGGACAAGUCAAUUCCUGUGCAGUUUCCAACUGCAAGAACAAAGUCAAGAAAACCAGUAGUGGAUCACCCAGUCAGCCGUCUACAUCAUCUCGCUCAUUUCUCAUUGAUCCUGGCAUUGGAUUGUACAAGAUAAAUGAAUUGGUAGAUGCUCGUGAUGUCAGCAUUGGAGCCUGGUUUGAAGCGCAUAUAGAAAAUGUUACCCGAGCAACAAAGGGACAUAAGAAUGGUAAAGCUCAAGGAAAGAGUGGUAACACUUACAAAAGGACUAAUGGAAACUUAAGUCAAGAUCAUUCUAGAGAAAAUGCAAAUAAUUUGGACAGUACACCAUCCACAUCUUAUUCAGACUGUAUGGACACUGAUGAAGAAGCUAUUUAUCAUAUCAAGUACGAUGAGUACCCAGAGAAUGGCAUAGUAGAAAUGGACACCACUAAUCUUCGACCCAGAGCAAGAACCAUUCUGAAGUGGAGUGAACUAAAAGUGGGUGAUGUGGUGAUGGUUAACUACAAUGUUGAGACUCCAGAAGAAAGAGGAUUUUGGUUUGAUGCAGAAAUUACCUCUUUGAGAGAAAUCUCAAGGACUAACAAAGAGGUUCAUGCUAAAAUUCUGCUGGGGUUGCGUGAAGUAGGCAGCUGGGUGGUAAGCCCACAAAUGCCUUGUUCCUCGGUUGUCAGAACUACACUUCUUACACAGUUUAGCAUACAAAGACAUCAGCCUUCAUUGCUUACAAGAGGCCCAGAAGACACAAUAAAUGAUUGUAAAAUCCUUUUUAUAGAGGAAAUGUACAAGAUUGAAAAGCCAGGAGCCUAUCCAUUGACAUUUGGUGAUGGAGAUUACAAAAGAAAAAGUGGCCCUGAAUGCAAGCACUGUAGGGCUGAUCCAGAUAAGGAGUGCCGGUUUUGUUCGUGUUAUUUGUGUGGUGGAAAGCAGGAUGCUCACAUGCAGCUCCUAUGUGAUGAAUGUAAUAUGGCUUAUCAUAUAUACUGCCUGAACCCUCCCUUAAGCAAGAUACCAGAAGAUGAGGACUGGUAUUGUCCUUCCUGCAAAAAUGAUUCUAAUGAAGUUGUAAAGGCUGGAGAAAAGCUCAAACAGAGUAAAAAGAAAGCAAAGAUGCCAUCUGCCAGUACUGAAAGCCAGAGAGACUGGGGCAAGGGCAUGGCCUGUGUUGGUCGCACUAAGGAAUGCACUAUUGUUCCUUCAAAUCAUUAUGGACCUAUACCUGGCGUUCCUGUUGGGACAACCUGGAAAUUCCGAGUUCAGGUGAGCGAAGCAGGUGUUCACAGACCACAUGUGGGUGGAAUCCAUGGACGCAGUAAUGAUGGAGCUUAUUCACUUGUAUUAGCUGGAGGAUUUGAAGAUGAAGUGGAUCGAGGAGAUGAAUUUACUUACACUGGGAGUGGAGGUAGAGAUCUUUCUGGCAAUAAAAGGAUUGGAGAACAUUCAUUUGAUCAGACAUUAACACACAUGAAUAGGGCAUUGGCCCUUAACUGUGAUGCCCCACUGGAUGACAAAAAUGGAGCAGAGUCUAAGAACUGGAGAGCUGGUAAGCCAGUCAGAGUAGUGCGCAGUUCAAAGGGACGGCGAAUCAGCAAAUAUGCCCCAGAGGAAGGCAACAGAUACGAUGGCAUUUACAAGGUGGUGAAAUAUUGGCCAGAAAUUGGAAAAUGUGGAUUUUUAGUUUGGCGCUAUCUUCUGAGGAGAGAUGAUGUUGAGCCUGCACCUUGGACUUCAGAAGGAAUGGAGCGGUCAAAGAAACUGGGUCUGAGUGUACAGUAUCCAGAAGGUUAUUUGGAAGCCAUGGCUAGCAGGGAGAAGAAAGAUAAGGUUAAAAAGCAAGCUGUGAAACACGAGCCAACCAGCCAGAGUAAUGGAAACCAGAAAAGGACAAUUCAUGAUGCAGGUAUAGAGGAACCUACAAAUACACCCAAAGCCAUGAGGAUGGGAGAUGGAGGGAAAGGAGAGGCUUUCCAGCUGACCCAAGAGCAGCAGUGGCUGAUUAGAGAAGACUGUAUGAACCAGAAACUGUGGGAUGAAGUACUUGCUUCUCUUAAGGAAGGACCAAAUUUUCUGAAGAAACUGGAACAAUCCUUUAUGUGUGUCUGCUGCCAGGAGCUGGUUUACCAGCCAGUGACAACAGAGUGCCUCCACAACGUCUGUAAAAGUUGUUUACAGCGCUCCUUCAGAGCUGAAGUCUUCACCUGCCCUGCCUGCCGCUAUGACCUGGGAAAGGGCUACACCAUGGUUCCCAACAAGAUACUGCAGACACUACUGGACCAGUUCUUCCCUGGUUACAGUAAAGGACGAUGAUGUGCUCAGAUCCUUCCGUACUUCUCCCAGUGACUUUAUAGACAGUAAAGGAGAAUAAACAUGGGAAAUUCAACAGUGGACCAGCCAGCUUGAUGGGACUCAAUAUCUUGUCACAUUUUGAAGCAGCUAACCCUCUUCCCCUCAUAGCCAUCUUUUUGGUGUAGUGAGAACUCCAAUUCUUAGCUGUCUUUUAACAUCAAGGGUAGUUUUGGCCAGUUAACAAAUAGUUUUUAAAGGAGAAAAAAAAAAAAGCCUCAGCUCUUACUGGCCUAGCUGAUGCUUAAUUUAUGAUUUGUUUUUUUUGUAACUACCUCAGGACAGAGGAAAAUAAAUUGUGGGGAUGACAAAAAGUUAGUUAAGUUUUAGCUACACACUGCCUCCUGAAUAUUAGUUGUGCCUGGUCCAUGUGGUUUGAUUUACAAAAAAAAAAAAAACCCAAACCAAAACAAAAAACAGCAAAAAAAACAGAAACAGCACUUAAACCAGCUGGAUUAAAGAACAGCAAAUUCUGUGGUGUGCAUAAUCCUUUUUUGUCUUUUUCUUCUGUUAUGCUGUAUUUUUUUGCAAGAACAGGCUGAUUUUUAGUCUAUUUUUGUGAGCUUCAUUGUGCUUUUCUUGUAUCUUAUGCAAGUUGACUACUAAUGACUAAUGAGAACAAUAUGAAUGCAUUGUUGCUGCAUUAGUGUGAAGUGAUCUGUGUUUUUUGCACUUAAAGAGGGUAUUCAAGACACUCUAGUUGUGUAAAAAAUAUUUCAUAUUAAAAAGCCACUUCUGUAUUAGUUAAACUGUAUGCUUUUAGUAGGUCUUGUAUCAGUGGCAAUACAUCUACACAGCAUUGAAGGCAGUGCUAGCUUGGAGAGGGUUCAAAUCGCUUCAUAUUGUGAUCUGAAAUUUUAUAUACAAUAUAUCCCCCCCCAAAAUAUACCUUAUUAAAUAUUUUAUGAUUCAGA